UCCUACUAGUAUUUCUCUCUCCUUUUGUUGUUCUUGUAAGAGCAGCUUCAGUGCUGGGGUCCCAAGGGAGAGCUCUACUCCAUUGGAAGGCCACCCUCCGAAGUCCGCAGUUGCUCGCGUCCUGGAACGUCGGCUCCAGUCCAUGCAAUUGGACGGGGGUUGCAUGCAACAUCGCACGCAAUGGGCGCUUGGUCGUCUACGAGAUACAGCUGCCAAAUUUGAGCUUAGCAGGGCCACUUGAUGCUCUUAAUUUCUCGGCGUUCCGAUCGCUUGCCAAUCUCAACCUCAGCUACAACCAGCUGAACGGGAACAUUCCCCCUACCAUUUCGGCGCUCUCCAACCUCGUAUCUCUUGAUCUGACUGCCAACAGGUUCACUGGAAGAAUUCCUGUCGAUAUUGGUUCCAUGAAGGCGCUUCAGUUCCUAAAUAUUAGCCAGAAUCAGAUAAGUGGCCCUAUACCUCCGUCUCUGAGCAACCUUAGUAGGCUUACAGAAAUGCAACUAGAAGAUAAUAAGAUUACGGGUGUCAUCCCUGAGGAGUUGGGGAGACUUGCAAAGUUGAUCUACCUUGAACUCGGGGCAAACCAACUUACAGGUUCUAUUCCUCCCAGUUUAGGAAACAUGACAAAGCUCUAUCACUUGGCUCUCUAUGGAAAUCAGCUAACGGGAUUCAUUCCUAGAGAACUAGGAAACCUAAUAAAUCUGGCGCACUUGUCGCUCUCUAAUAAUAGCCUAACAGGUCGCAUCCCUUCAUCGGUGGGAAAUCAGAGCAAGUUGGAGAUACUUUACCUUUGGAUGAAUGAAUUGUCAGGUUCUAUGCCUCCAGAAAUUGGAAAGCUGCACCAACUCACUACCUUGGCUCUCCAAUUUAACCAGCUCUCGGGGCAAAUCCCACCAUUACUAGAGACAUGCAAAGGAGGAGCCCUACGGAUCCUAAUGCUGAGCAACAACAGCUUCCAAGGUCCCAUUCCCGCGACAUUGAAGAAUUGUACGAGCCUAUAUACUGUUCAUCUUGAGCAUAAUCAACUGAACGGGGAUGUAUCCAAACAGCUUGGGGUAUAUCCCAAUCUUAAGUAUUUGGAUUUAAGCUUCAAUAAAUUGUCGGGUACAAUCUCAUCAGACUGGGGAAGAUGGCACAAUCUGACGUUCCUAGGAAUCUCAAAUAACAAUAUCACCGGAGUUGUACCAUCAGAACUUGGACAGCUAUCAAAGCUGGAAGAACUGGACCUUUCUUCAAACUACUUCCAAGGAGAGAUCCCGAGGAGCUUGGGCAACCUGGCUCAUCUUUAUAACUUCAACCUGAGCAACAAUCAACUUAUUGGAGAGAUACCAGCAGAGCUGGGAAGGAUGUCCGACCUUGAACUUCUUGAUCUGUCGAGAAACGGCUUGAUAGGUAGGAUACCAUAUCAGAUAGGAAAUUGCAUGAAACUCCAUUUGCUGAAGCUUAACAACAACAACCUCAGUGGAAGCAUUCCUUUUGAGAUGGGCAAUCUGGUGUACCUUCAAGACGCACUCGACAUCAGCCAUAACUCUUUGACAGGGGAGAUACCAACGCAAUUCGGUAAAUUGUUCAUGUUGCAAAAUUUGAAUCUAUCACACAAUGGCUUGACGGGUAAUCUUCCAUCAACUUUUAGGGAUAUGCGUAGCAUGUUCAUCAUCGAUGUCUCAUACAAUGAAUUGGAGGGUCCAGUUCCCGAUAACAAGCAUUUCCAGGAAGCUCCAGUAGAGUGGUUUGUCCACAACAAAGGUUUGUGUGGAGUUGUCAAAGGUUUGCCUCUAUGUGCUUCAUCUACUGCAAAUGAACACCACGGAAGUAAGCACCACACAGUCAUUAUCUUAUCUAUUGUUGCAUCUAUGGUCGUCUUACUUCUCUUGCUUGUGCUCGUCGGAAUUGCUUUGCGAUUCCAGAAGACGAAGAAACACACAGUGCAAGCUGUCAAGAAUCCCAUCAAACAGGGUACAUUCUCUGUAUUGAAUUUUGAUGGAAAAGUUGCAUACAAGGAUAUCAUCGAAGCAACAGAAGAUUUCGAUGAGAAGUACUUGAUCGGAACCGGUGCAUAUGGCAGUGUUUAUAGAGCAGAAUUAUCAAGUGGAGAGGUGCUCGCAGUCAAGAAAAUUCACCUGUCCGAACACGAGAACACGGUGGACGAGCAACCCUUUCAGAAUGAGAUAGAAACUCUUACUCGAAUCCGACAUCGCAAUAUUGUCAAACUUUACGGAUUCUGCACCUCUCCUCACCACAAGUUUCUCGUGUACGAGUACGUGGAGAGAGGAAGUUUGGGAUCCGUCCUCAGAAUCGAAGCAGCAGCAGCAGAAUUGGACUGGGUGAAGAGGGUGAACAUUGUCAAAGAUGUGGCUCGUGCUCUCUCCUACAUGCAUCAUGAUUGUGUUCCACCUAUCGUUCAUCGAGAUGUAACCAGCAACAAUAUUCUACUGGAUUCAGAAUUCAAGGCUUGUGUUUCUGACUUCGGCAUUGCUCGACUCCUGAAUCCAGAUACCUCAAACUGGAGCAUGCUUGCCGGCACGCAUGGUUACUUGGCACCAGGUAACAUUUUGAUUAAUAUUUUGUAA